AUCAGCGUUUUCCCUAUAAUUAAAAGUAACUUGCUCCAUCCCGUCGUCGUCAGUCAGGCUUUGACAACUACAGAGAUGUUUUCUCGUCAGCGCCUUUUCCUGCUUGUAGCAGCGGCUGCCCAGAUUGCUGUUGCGGCUGAUCGUAGCCGACGAGGUUCACCAUUUCAAACGGAGGUAGUCGACGCGUCCAAUAAAUGUUGCGAAUCCUUGAAAAACGCCACUGACAAUAUGGAUGCGUACCUUGACCAGCUAUCAGGAACAGUGAAAGCCCAAAAUAAAGUAAUUCAGGAUCUGAAAUCAAGUAAUGAUGGCACCAUCUUGAAAUUGGGCAAACUUGAGACGACCCUUGCUGCAGUUCGUCAAGACUCCGACCUGAAGAGUAAAAAAUUCUUAGAAGAACUGAGCAAAAUCGUUGCUAGUCUGCAGAAAAACGACGCCAAUCUGUCCAAGGUGCCAGAACUGAGCGCAAAGUUGACAGAGCUUUUCAACAAACUUGAGCAAAAAACUAAAAGCGACGCGGAAAAAUUCAGCAAAAUUAAAAACUCCCUGAAAAAUGCUGAGGAAAACUUGAAAAAUCAAUUAACUACAGAAAAGCCGCAAUUAAAUCCGACGGAGCCUAGUUUAUUUGAUGAGUUUGAACGUAUUAGGCUGAGCACUGGAGAGUACUUGUACAGUCACGGCGCGGAAACCUGGGCUGAUGCUCUCGCAAUCUGCACAAAAUUGAGCGCCCAGCUGCUGAUUAUCGAGUCCGAAGAGCAGAUGAAAGAGGUUGCAAGGAACUGUCCUGAACGGAAUUCGGCCUAUUGGGUUGGCGCCUCGGACAUAGGAAAAAAAUUCGGACAAUUCACCUGGACCAACGGCAAAAAAUUGCCUAAGUCGAGCAAUCUCUGGGACAAGGUUUUGUUUGGUGGACAACCAAACAACAUGCAAGAGGGGCAGGAAACUUGCGUCAGUGUUGAAGAGUUGGGCAAAAAACUAAACGACUACAAGUGCUCAACCACCAAGCGCUUUAUUUGCAAAUUAUGAAUAUGAUCAUACUUGCCAAUAUAUUUAAAAUAAAAAUUAAUCAAAGUUUCACUGGUAGAAUUUCAAUAGUCAGCAUAGUCAGCAUAAUUAUUAAAUUGAAUUUUCUGUUUCCAUCUUGUUUUUACAAAUAUUCGCUUCUCCUUGUUUUAAAAAAGCAUUAUAAACAUUGUUCAAUAUUUUGAUUAUCAAAAUAAAAUGUUUUCUAUUGAAAUCUUUAAUAUUUUUGAUCGAAA